CUGCAACACACGUGCACCGUCACCCACGUGACAGUGCACUCAGCAACGCAGAGCGCGUCAAGAUCUCGGCGCCGGCUCGCCGAAUCCCUUCCCCCACGCACCCCCAAAUCGCCCAGCCUCCCCCUCUCCCUCCCUCCAUCCCAGUCCCCCUCUCUCGCCUCCUGGCCAUCUCAGCCCACCAAGAUGCCCUUUGUCGAGGCCAUCUUCGCUGUCGGCGCCGCCUUGGCCACCAAAGCGGCAGUGACGGCCGGUGGGGCCACGGCUGUCACGACGGCAGGCAGCGCUGUCACGGCGGCACCGGGGCUGGGGCUCAUGUGCUUCGAGAUGGCCACCAUCUUCGUCGCCGGUGUGGUGACCAUCCUGUGGCCAAAGGAGGAGACGACAGCCGCCAGUGAGCUCGCCAUUGUCGGCCGCCCCUCUCUCUCGUCACCACAACCGCCCCGCCAGCCGCAUCAGGGCCAACAAGGCGCGCAUCACGGCCAUCUACCCUCUAUCAGGGUGAGAAGGAAGGGAAAGAGACGUCCGAUGGGCCAAAAUGAAAAGAUCUGUAUCGCAUGGCGUUGAAUUCAUGAUUGAUCUCUCUCUUUCUGGUGUGUCUGUGCCUUCAGAAUCUGCUGGUCAGCUCCCCUCCAAGCCAGAUCGCCCGGGCGACCUUCGUCGUCAUCGUCGUCAUCGCCAGCGGCCGUUCCACACUCGGCCACGGGCGACUGGUUUGGAGAAUCAUGCUGUCGGGGGCCGGCAGACUCCUGCUGCUGCUGAAGCAGCGGAUGGCAGGGCAGGGGGAGACACGGUCCGUCAUCGACAUGACGGAUGAGGCCGGACGACAAGCAGCUCGCCAGGUACACAAAGGCGUGAUACGGGAGUGAGAAAGACGUGUAUACGAGCUGUGUGUUGUGGUGGAUGGAUUGAUGGAUUGCUGUAGAUGCUGGCCCACCUGCAUGCCAUCCGUGCCGCCUCUGCUGCUACUGCUGCUGCUGCCCAGCCUGCUGAAGCUGCUGGAGAGCGCCGACGUGCCCUCCCUUCUGGGUACGAGACGAUGUCGACGGUAAGCAACCAAUGAGACGGAUUCAGGCCUUUCAAUCGAUAUCUUCGUGUCUGUGUGUAGGCUGAGACGUUCGGCGAGCGGAGCCCGGCGGCAGCAUGUGCUAUCUCCCCCACACCAGUAAGCAACCAACCAAGCAAAGAGAAAAAUGCCUCCGUUGUGCCUCAUCUUAUUCUCAUUGCUUUCCUUUUUAUUCAGGCCCUCUGCAUGUCCGCCAGUGCCCGCCCAGCCUUCAGCCUGCGCCCCGACGUGCUGCACCGCCCCCUGCACCGCUUCUUCGACACCGCGGCACUGCGGGCAUCUCUGCCCUCCGUGGUCCAGCCCAACUGGGCGACCACGCCAACAGAGGCCAUCUUCGGCCGUGCGCUGUCGCUGAAGACCGGCAGCUGCGGGCGUGUGGCCCGUUGCAAGGAGCACUCACCGGGUAUGGAGGACGUGUUCUUUGCGGACGCGUCCACCAGCUCGGUGGCCAUGUUCGACGGCGUCGGUGGGUUCUUCAUUACCUACGGCGUCUCGUCAUGGUUCGUCGCCAAGUCUUUGGCGACGGAGUGCUCCCUGGAGGCCCAGGCCGUCACCGCCAACGGGAGGGGGGUCUUCUAUGGCGGGGAGGGCCUUCCCCGAAACCGGGCGGAGGCCAUCAUUCUGGGCGGCUGGCAGCUGGCGUCUCGCUGCGGGCGUGUGGGCGGCACAACGGCAGUUGUGGUGGCGCUGAGUGAGGAGGCGGAAGGGUCCAUCUGCGCUAACAUCCCCAACUUUGGCGACUCGGGCGCUAUGGUGCUCCGUCGCCCCUCAUCUCGGCAAGGGCUUGUGGAGAUCCACCGGACGGCCCCUAUGGUGGAUCCCACCGAGCCCAACCGCCCCCUGGCCAUGCUCCCACUGGCCACCAGCAGCAACGGCACGCCCACCCCCACCCCAACAGCUGACCAGCUGAAGACGCAGCAGACCAUCAGCGUCGCCAGCGUGCCCGUCCGAGACAAGGACUGCAUCGUGGUCUUCUCGGACGGGCUGAGCGACAACCUCUCCCCCACCACCAUCGCACAAGUGCUGUCUCCCUUCGGCCCCACCAAGGACGCCAACGCGGCUGCCACGGCGCUGGUCGAUGCUGCUGCCCGCGCAGCACACGACCCCAACAGCCGCACUCCCCAUGGGGAGAGCAGAGGGCGGUCCGGAGGCAAGGACGACGAUAUCAGUGCAUGUGUGGGGUGGGUGGUUGUCGAUUACCCCUUCCUGCAGCAGAGGGAGAGGGGCGACGAGAUGGGGGGAGAUGAGCCGGUGGGUGAGGGGAGUGAGGCUGCAGACAGUGGGGGAGAGAGGGAUGGGAAUGGUGAGGGUGAGGGUGAGGGUGAGGGUCAGUCGAGGAGGCAGCGGUGGGCGGACAUGUGUGAGGAGGGUGUGUGAGAUUAGGACAGGUGGGCGGAUUUCUCGGUGACUGACUGACUAAUUGCACUUCGUGUGCGUCAGUCAGUGUGCAUUUGUG